AUGGAGUCGUUGAAGGGUAGGAGGGAUGUUCGGAGCUGUAGCAGAUUCAUUGAAGCCCAACACCAGCACCUGCGAGCCCUUGACCAGCAGAACGGCUACUGGAAGCAGAGAGCAAAAAUCUUUUGGCUCAAAGAUGGUGACCAAAAUACUACCUUUUUCCACAAUGCGGUUCGGAGGAGAAGGCAAAGAAAUCGAAUUACAAAGUUGAAGCGAAGUGAUGGUACCUGGGCUGACAGAGGUAAUGGUUUAAAUGAGCUUAUAACUGAGUACUUCCAUGUUCUGUUCAAUGAGUCUUCUCAUUUUCUUAAACCCGUUCUGGAUUGUUUUGAAAGGAAAAUAUCUGAAUCCAAAACACUUUGCUUAUUGAUCUCCGACAAUAUCCUCCUAGCCUAUGAAACGAAUCAUUUCCUAAACAGAAAGACCAGUGGGAAUAUGGGGAGUGUGGGGAUGAAGAUUGAUAUGAGCAAGGCUUAUGACAGAGUCAAUUGGGAUUUAGUGGAGGGAAUUAUAGAAAAACUGGGUUUCUGUAAUGAUUUUGUGGCCAUGGUUUCGGGUUGUAUUAGGUCUGUGAGAGCAAAUUCUUAUGAGGUCAAUGUGCUAAAAGCUAUCUUAGAAGAGUUCUCGGAUGCUUCUGGGCAACAGGUUAAUUUGGGCAAGUCUGAUCUUACCUUCAGUAGGAAUGUGGAUGGGCCCUCAAGAGAAGUUGUGACAGAGAUUAUUGGCUUUGGGGAAGGAAAUCAGAGAGGAAAGUACCUUGGCGUUCCUUCUUUAGUUGGCAGAAGAAAAAAUGAAGUUUUGGGAUUUAUAAAUGACAAGAUUCUGAGCAAAAUAAGGAGUUGGAACAAUAGAUUUUUAUCUCGUGCAGGCAGAGAAAUCUUAAUUAAAAAUGUGCUCCAAGCAGUCCCGACAUAUGCAAUGAGCACGUUUCUUCUGCCAAAAGAUCUCUGUAGGAAUGUGGAGAAUUCCCUUAACAGAUUCUGGUGGAAAGGAAGCUUGGAGAAUGGUAAAGGAAUAAAUUGGAAAUGCUGGAAAGAUCUUUGCAAACCAAAAGCAUGUGGAGGAAUGGGAUUCCGGAGAAUGAGAGAGUUCAAUUUAGCAUUGUUAGGCAAACAAGGAUGGAGGUUCAUGCACUACCCGGAUUCUCUUGUCACAAAGGUUUUCAAAGCUAAGUACUUUAGGCACUGCUCGUUCUUAGAAGCCAGGCUGGGUACAAACCCGUCAUUUGUGUGGUGUAGCAUUAUGGAAGCUCAAGGGGCCCUUAAAGACAACUGUAAAUGGCGGGUGGGUGAUGAAGUUCUAUCAAUGUGUGGCAGGAUCCUUGGUUAA